AUGUACGCCAAGGUCUUCCUUGCCGUCCUUCUCGGCUCCCAGGCCGUCAACGGCCAGCUCGCGCGGCUCGCUCGCGCUGCCGGCCUCGAGUUCUUCGGCACUUGCGUUGGAGAAGGCAACACCAAUGACCAGCAAUACAUGAGCAUCCUCCGGGAUCUCGACGAGUUCGACCAGAUCGUCCCCGAGAACGGUCAGAAGUGGGACAGCCUUCAGCCUCAGCGCGGACGGUUCGACUACUCUCGCGGCGAUAUCGUCGCCAACCUCGCGAGGCAGAACGGCCAGCUCCUCCGCUGCCACACCCUCACCUGGCACUCGCAGCUGCCGGCCUGGGUUCGUGAUGGCAGCUGGAACCGUCAGACCCUGACCGAGGUCAUCGAGACCCAUAUCGCCAACGUCCUGCGCCACUAUCAGGGCCAGUGCUACCACUGGGACGUCGUCAACGAGGCUGCCGACGACAACGGCAACUGGAGGAACAGCGUCUUCUACCGCGUCCUGAACAGCGACUUCCUCCCCAUCUCCUUCUUUGCCGCCCGCCGUGCGGACCCCAGCACCAAGCUGUACGUUUUGCCCUCUCCCCUCUCCACUCUUCCCUCUCCCCUUUCCUCUCCCCUUUCCUCUCUCCCCUUUCCUCUCUCCCCUUUCCUCUCCCCUUUCCUCUCUCCCCCCUUCUUCCUCUUGACCCCUGAAACCACCAAGCUCUCAACCGCUGACAACAUGAACGCCAAAAGGUACUACAACGACUACAACUUGGAGUACAACGACCGCAAGACCGACAUCACCGUCGAGAUGGUCAAUAUCAUCCAGCGCGCCGGUGCCCCCAUUGACGGCGUCGGCUUCCAGGGCCAUCUGAUUGUCGGCUCCACUCCCAGCCGCCAGCAGCUCGCCACCGUCCUCCGCCGCUUCACCGCCCUCGGCGUCGAGGUCGCCUACACCGAGGUCGACAUCCGCCACGCCCGCAUGCCCCCCAACCAGCAGGCCCUCGUCACCCAGGGCAACGACUACGCCAACGUCCUCGGCUCCUGCCUCGACGUCCAGGGCUGCAUCGGCUUCACCGUCUGGGGCUUCACCGACAAGUACAGCUGGAUCCCCAGCACCUUCCCCGGCGAGGGCGACGCCCUGCUCUACAACAGCAACUUCGGCAAGAAGCCCGCAUGGACCUCCGUCUCGUCCCUCCUCGCCGCCGCUGCUACCGGCAUUCCCCCUCCUCCUCCUCCUCCUCCUCCUCCUCCUCCUUCCGGCAGCUGCUCUGGCAUGUGGGGCCAGUGCGGCGGUCAGGGAUGGAAUGGCCCAACCUGCUGCGCGCAGGGUACUUGCCAGCAGCAGAACCCUUGGUACUCGCAGUGCCUGUAAAGGAUUACCACUGUCGGGCACGAUCUUCCGUCGUGAAGGCUCUCUCUAGUUGUGUUGCUGUGGCUGUGGUUGGGCUGAGUUGGGCUUCCCCCGUCUCGCGAGGACUUCGGUCUUGGUGACAGGGGGCUUGUCUUCAUGGACUUUUGGUAUAUACAGAUAGAUGCAUGCAUGCGCCGCACAUAUGCAUUGUUCGUUGAGAUUCC